UCUCUGAAACUCUAGUCCGAAACGAUGGCGGUGGAAGCUAUUCUUGUGAAAGCCUUGGGACUGAUCAUCGAGUUGACAGCACCUCCUGUCAUCCAAUAUCUGCGCCCAAUUUGGGGAGGUGUUGAUGGGGACCUGGAGAAGCUCAACAGGUAUUUACUCCAAAUCCAACCUCUGGUUGAAGAUGCAGAGGAGAGGCAGCUCAUGGAUCAGGCUGUCAAGUCAUGGCUGAUGCAGCUCAGAGAUGUUGCCUACGAUGCUGAUGACAUCCUCGACCAAGCCAACACACAUGUCCUGCUCAUCCAGCGCAAGGCCGAGUUUUACGGUCCACUGAAAAGCAAGGUGCGUGACUUUUUCUCUCUUCAUCAUAACCCACUCCUGUUUCAACUUCAGUUGGGGGACAAACUUAAAAGUAUCAACAAAAGAAUAGAUGAUGUCAUAGAGGGGAUGCACAAGUUUAAUUUCAAGGUUGUAGACAACAACAACAACAACAACAAUAACAACAACAGACCUUGGAGGAAUAGGCCACAAACCCACUCAUAUGUACCUGAAUCAGAGGUGAUCGGCAGAGAUGAAGAUAAAGAACAAAUAGUACAGAUGCUGAUACAUGAUCAUUUUGAAGAGAAAGUGGCAGUGGUUUCCAUAGUAGGUAUGGGCGGUUUAGGCAAGACAACACUUGCUCAGUUGAUCUAUGGAGAUGAAAAUGUGGAGAGUCACUUCCAACUGCGCAUAUGGGUAUGUGUCUCUGAUGAUUUUGAUGUGGGAAAACUUGCUAAAAACAUCAUACUCGCCGCCACUGAGAAAUCUUAUGAUCAUACAAACAUGGAGGUGCUACAGAGGGAUCUAAGGCAACUCCUGGGGCAGAAGAGGUAUCUGCUUGUACUUGAUGAUGUUUGGAAUGAAGAUCACAUGAAGUGGGAUGCACUUAGACGUCUGCUUCUUGAUGGGGCAGAAGGAAGCAGAAUUUUAGUAACCACACGUAAUGAGAACUGCUCAAUGAUAAUGGGCUCAAAGAAAUCUUAUAAUCUUCAGGGUUUAUCAGAAGAAAGCUCCUGGGCUUUGUUCGAACAAAGAGCAUUCACCACAAUUACAAAUGUAUCAAAACAACCAAAAUUGGUAGAGAUUGGUAUAAAGAUUGUCGAGAAGUGCAAAAGGUUACCUCUUGCAAUAAAAGUAAUGGGAAGUAUCAUGCAUUCCAAGAGCGAAGAAAGUCAAUGGCAGGCGGUGUUAGACAAUAACAUAUGGGAUAUACAACAUGCUAUGAAUGAAAUCAGACCUGAAUUGUGGUUGAGUUAUGUUGAUUUGCCAUCUCAAGUGAAGAAAUGUUUUGCCUUUUGUGCCAUAUUCCCAAAGGAUAGUUUUAUUCAAGAAGAUAUGCUGGUUCAAUUUUGGAUGGCUCAUGGGUUUAUUCCAUCUCAAACUGGAAAAGAUAUAGUUGUUGGAGGCCAUGAGAUUUUGGAUGAAUUGAUAGGGAGAUCUCUUCUACAAUUUGUUACUGAUAGAGGUGCUCGCCCCACCCAUUAUUAUCUCUCUCGACAUUUUAUUUUAGACGAAGAUGAAUUGUUUUCUGUGCCAGGUUAUAGAGUUUGUAAGAUGCAUGAUCUCAUCCAUGACCUUGCACAAUUUGUUACUGGAGAUGAGUGCUCCACAUUGCCUGAAAGAAACGAAUUCAUGAAAAUUUCAAAAAGGACCCGUCAUUUCAUAUUAAAUAAUGAUGUACAGUAUGAUAUGAGUGAUCACCCUAGUGUUCGCACUGCAUUACCUGUCGGAAGACUAAACUUCAUUGGGUUGUCGAAGUUGAAGUUGCUCAGAGUGUUACGGUUGGUUUUUGGCAAGCUGCCGUCUGCAUCAAUAGAAUAUUUGCACCAUCUAAGAUAUCUCGAUCUUUCUGAUACUCACAUAAGAGAACUACCAGAAUCAAUCUGUAUGCUUAUAAAUUUGCAAACAUUGAACCUGAAUUGUUGUUAUGAUCUUACCAAACUUCCCAUGAGCAUAGUAUAUAUGAACAGUCUUAGACAUCUUUAUCUUAGGCAUUGUUCAGCACUAAAAAUCAUGCCUCCUGGUCUAAGUCAAUUGCGAUGCAGGAAAACAUUAACAGAAUACACUGUCGCAGAGAACAUAGAGAACAAGAUAGGAGAGUUAAAGCAUUGGAAUCUUGAUGGUCACAUUCGGUUGCAUGACCUUCACAAGGUGAAGAAUGCGGAUGACGCAAAAGAAGCUAAUAUGAGUAGCAGACAAAACAUUAAAUCAAUGUCCCUAUCUUGGGGAGCAUCAGUGGAAAAUGCAGAACUAGUGUUGGAAGCCUUGAAACCUUACUCUGCCUUAAAAGUUCUCAGUCUGCAUGAUUAUCCGAGCACACAAUUUUCAAUGUGGAUUAGAGACGGACAGCAACUUCAAAAUCUGGUUAAGAUCGACCUAGAUGGUUGCCAAAGAUGUGAACAACUCACGCCCCUGGAGCAAUUACCUUAUCUUGAACAUCUCACUAUUAGUAGAAUGGAUGGCAUCAAAUACAUUAUUAAUAACACCACAGGCGAUGCAUUAUCAUCAUUCCCUGCACUUAGGAGGCUUCGGUUGAAUCAAAUGGCUAACCUAGAGGGGUGGUGUGUGGAGGAGGAUCGCGAAACUGCUCCACCCUUGUUUCCAUGCCUUAAGGAUAUGUGUAUUAGCUACUGCCCCAAGUUGACAACCAUGUCACCACAAUUUCCAAUUCUCAGACAAUUAGAUAUAACGGACCCAUACAGGAAGGCACAAAACGCUCUCACGUUCAAAGAGAAGGGGUUCUUCAAGCAUUUGAAUUCUCUUGAGUCAUUGGUUCUAGAGAGAUGUGAGAAGUUGGCCUUGUUGCUGGAAGACGAGGAGGAGAUGAGAUCCUUCAGCUCAUCACUUCGUCAUUUAUGUAUUAUUGAUUGUGGCCAGUUUUCAUUAUCAGUGGCUUUGCGGAACCUUACCUCUCUUAGAGAUCUCAACUUGACUAAUUUAGAAGUGCUGGUGUCCUGGCCAAAUGAGAUGUUUAGAGGUCGGGAGUCCAUCAGGUCUCUGAAAAUUUGGGCAUGUAAGAAGUUGACAGGUGCAUCAUCACUAGGAGAUUGUGGUCUACCGCCGUUUCUAGAGGAUCUUAAUGUUUCUGGUUGUGAUGCGCUGAUAGAAUUACCCAAAUGCCCUGCAUCACUCAAAGACUUGUCUGUUAACCAUUGUCCAAGCAUCAAGUCUUUAUGUUCAAAUAUGGGACACCUCACUUCAUUAUCCCAAUUAAAGUUAGAUACAUGUCCCAAGCUGGAGUCUCUGCCAGAAGGGAUGCAAGGCCUCACUUCCCUUCAAUAUCUGUCUAUUGAAGAUUGUCCAAGCAUCAAGUCUUUAUGUUCGGAUAUGGGACAGCUCACUUCAUUAUCCCAAUUAAAGUUAUCUACAUGUCCCAAGUUGGAGUCUCUGCCAGAAGGGAUGCAAGGCCUCAUUUCCCUUAAGGAUCUAUCUAUUAAAGAUUGUCCAAGCAUCAAGUCUUUAUGUUCAGAUAUGGGAUACCUCACUUCAUUAUCCCAAUUAAAGUUAUCUACAUGUCCCAAGCUGGUGUCUCUGCCAGAAGGGAUGCAAGGCCUCACUUCCCUUCAAUAUCUGUCUAUUGAAGAUUGUCCAAGCAUCAAGUCUUUAUGUUCGGAUAUGGGAUACCUCACUUCAUUAUCCCAAUUAAAGUUAUCUACAUGUCCCAAGCUGGAGUCUCUGCCAGAAGGGAUGCAAGGCCUCACUUCCCUUGAAAAGCUAUCUAUUGAAGAUUGUCCAGCGCUGAAGUCAUUCCCCGAAGGCCUCCAACAGCGGCUUCCUAAUCUUAAAGUGCUUAAAAUCAAUGGAUGCCCUAAGCUAGAGAGGAGAUGCAAUCCAGGAGGAGACUAUUUCCACCUUGUCUCCGGCAUCUCAAAAAGAUCCAUACAAAGCAGCCCAAGAAGGACAAUACUAGCACUUUGUCUCUAACAUCAUGAAAGCAUAAAUAGUAAGCCAUGUUCCUGCUUCAAGUAGUACUACUCUCAUACCAAGUUAUAAACAAAUGCAUUGCCAUUGCGACGAAUUCUUUUAAUCUUGGUGGCAUUUUCAUCUGUGGUGUUACUUGCUUCAUACAUUCUUCUUUCAACAAGCAUAUUUUUAAGAUGAGCGGCUAGGCCGCUAAGAAAGGCAACGUGCACAAGCCUCGGCGGAGCAAGUGGGAGCAGGGCUCGCGCACACAUGGGUGCUGGGAUCACUCGCACACAAUCACUACUCACACUCCCAGAAAUGUGCCCUCACCUAAGAUUCGAACUCUCACCACUUGUGAAGGGUUCUAUUGGGGACCCGGCCAUCAAUAACCCACUUGGUCGUUGGAAAACAGAGGAAAAGAUGCAUCUUUCCCGGUGAUCUCAUGUCUUUCAAUGUACAUAACUCUCGAGAUGUACUCUUGCUAGUUUUCGUUUAUUCAGCUUUCUUGAAUUGAUCUCAUUCUCCAGACCCCGCUUUUAGUCAUUUUAUCAGUUACUACACUGCACCAAGUGGUAAUGUAUUAAUCUCAAUAGUUCAUGUGACUCUGUUAUGUGAAUUGUUCAUGUGAUGCAUAUUAUAUUACUACAUUGCACCAAGUGAAUUGUUCUGUGCAGUGACCAAAGUUCAUUCUCAAGAGGGUGAUGCCCACCAGAUUCAUGUAUUGUUUUGCACAAGAAUUUGGAGUUUUUUCCUUCUAAGAUUUUGACUUGUGCUGGCUUGAUUUUACAAUAUGCUUGUCCCACGGUUGAUGCUAUUUAUAACUAAGCAAAUCUCUACAGGAGAAAGAGUCAACAUGUUCAAGACAAAAUUCCAUAGGAGAAAGCGAUCAAUUGGUUUGUGUUUUUUCUGAAGGAACUUUCUAACAAGGAUUUGGAGUUACUGGUGGUUAUUUCUUGACAACAAGCUGAAAGUUCAUUUCAUUAUAAAUGGAUCCUCAGUUGCGGUCAGCUAUUAUCAGCAAUCAGCAGAAUCUCAUAGCCUAGAGAAUCAAAGCCAUUGUUACCUAUGAAAUGAGUUUGAGAAUGUGAAA